UUUACCCUCGCUAGCUUUCGCUCUUCUCGACGCUCACUCUUUUGCGUCUUCUUCGUCACUCGUUUGAUCUACUCGCGCAGUCUCUGCCAGAGCCUUUUUGCGACAACGUACAUAUCCACAGCCCGAAAAUCUUUCAAUUGAACAAAUUGGAAUUACCGGCAACUCAUCGCAAUGAAGUUCAGCACUCUCGCCUCCUCUGUCCUGUGCCUGAUGGCCUCCCAGCUUGUCGCUGCGGAAACCGACACCACCAGUACCUCGACAGUGACCAACUAUGUCACCGCGACGCUGGUCCACGUCGACACCGUGACCUCUCCUAGCAGCGUGGCACCUUCGACUUCCUCGGUGUUCGUCACUCCGAGCAGCCACGCCGUCUCGAGCAGCCGGGUCGCCAGCAGCUCUGCCGCCGCCAGCUCCUCUGCGCCUGCCUCUUCGUUCGCCUCCGUCACCGUGACUUCCAGCACCCCCGCCGGCACCUCGGUUGCUGCUGCUACUUCCCCUGCCGUGGGUACUUCCGGAGCCGACGGCAUCGUCGCCAAGAUGCCUGCUGUGCUGGUUGCGGGAUCUAUGGCUCUGAUCCUGGGCGCGCUCUAAGUCAAUUCAGCGCUGCCGGCUUUGUCGCAUACUCUUCACGCGCUGGAACCUUGAGAGGAAUGGUUUCGACCAUGACUCGAUUU